AUGAAUUUCACGCCCUCCAAACUGCACAAGAGCUCUGUUAGCAUUCACGCCGAGAAUCAAUCAUAUCGUCGUAUCAAGAAUGAGAACCGACUGCAAAUGCAAUGUCAGAUAGAGCGACAAAACACAAUGGCGGCAUUUGUAUCAAAGUGGCAAGAUCAAGCGUCAAACAUCACCUGGAAGACCAACUUGAAAAAAAUGAAGGACGCAACUGCCGAGGAAAUCGCGUUGGCAAAUAGAGAGUUUCUAUCAUUGCGCCAAAAAGAGUUAUGCCAACUUUUAAAAGACGAUAAAGCAAGAUAUGAAAAGGAGCUUCAAUUACAGCCGUAUCCACGUAAAAUAGAAUACUAA